AUGGACUCGGCGUGCGAGCCUCACCUUAACACCUUCGACAUGCGAUUUGGUCAUGAUUUCCAUCAAUACAUGGUCCCAGAAUGGGCACCACAUUACGUUCCCUACGACUCGGUGAAAAGCGCGUUCAAGCUGGCUGUCGAGAAGUCAAUGGAUGUCGAGCUUCAGCCAGAUCUCUCGGAAGUGUACACGCUCCUCGCCAAUAGCAUCCAGUCCUUUGACACAUUUCACCAUGAAACCUGCAACUCUCUCAUGAAGAGACAAGCAAAACUUGUGGUGAAGUAUGAAAAGCUGCUUGGGAUAAUUUAUUCAUCAAGAGACAAAGAUGAUGAUUUUCAUGAAUUAAAGACGCUCCUCAAACUCGUCACAGAACUACGUGAUGAUUUUGCAAAGCUUCAGAAUUUCUCUCAGUUGAAUGAAGAAGCAGUUCAGAGACUUUUCGGAAAAAUUGAGAAGCUGGUUGGCUGCAAUGGACCUCGUCAUCAGGACCCAAAAUCCAGAUGGACAAAAUCGCAAAUGGAUCGUCGCACACAACAUGCAAACUUCAUAAGCCGAUCGAAGGUUUUGAUGACCAGCGUCAUUGAGGCUUCCGCCGAUGGGUUCGAUCCCUCCACAAUGAACGGGUUGCCCGAUCAGACCAGAUUAAUGGAAAUGUCACCCCUACUUGCUCAAUAUUCAGCUUUUUAUCGCGCAAUAAGGAACGACGAGCUUUCAGCUUUAGGCGAUCCGCUCAAUGCUUUCUUGCGCGACCAUCCUUCAGAGCAAGCGCCUAGUGCCUUCCUCUACGAACUCAUGGAGCUAGCAGUAACCUGUCAUUCUCAACUUUGCUUUCGAUAUUUGACAUCACAAAGUCUAAGCUCCAAUAAGGCUGUCCUUGAUCACAAUUUGCUGAACUAUGUCAUUAUCACGGAAAGCCAACUCGGUACUCCCGAAGGAAGCAAAGACCUAAAAGACAGCGUUCAACGUGGCGACAAAGAGAAGUGUGGCUUUUUCGAAAUUGCAGUUGACUCUUUGGCGUCUCGUACUCAAGACGCCUUGUUUGCGAAAGACACCUUUGGUCGUAUAAGCCUUCAUUAUGGAGCACUACACGGCAUGGCUUUCAUAUGCAAAUCAAUCGUCAAUUGUGCUCAGUCUUUGAGCCAAGAUUUCAUGUUGAAGGUGAUCCUUAUGCGGGACUGCCAGGGAAUUACGCCAUUUCACUACGCCGUAAUCAAAAACCAUGUCGGUGUUGCGAAAUUGUUCCUGGAAACGUUGGUUUCACAGAUUAAAUUUGGACAGGAAGCUCAGGCUGAAGAUCUUUUGGAUGCUUUGAAUGAUUUGUUGGUCCUCGCUAUCAGAUAUAAGCAUGAUGGGAUUGUCCUCCUCAUCACAGAAACUUCUUUCGACUUUCAAAGGCCUUCAUUGUCUGGAGAGACCGCACUAUAUGUUGCCGCUCGGACUGGGCGUAGCGACUAUGUCGAUAUGCUACUGAAACGCUCCAACAGAGUCUACAUCGACACUGCGGAGACGAUACAUGGCUGGACUCCAUUGUUUAUCUCAUGUGUGGAAGGUCACUACAGCAUUGUCAAGCUUCUUCUCCAUGCAGGGGCCAGUCAGGACUUGUAUGAUCAUCGCGGUUGGAUUGCUAAGGAACAUGCUGCUUUCAGGGGCCAUCUCCAUGUCGCUGAACUGCUGAAGUCGUGGGACCCCGAUCACCUCGCUGGUGGACCCGCCAACAUACCUCGCAAGUCCAAAUCCGCACCCAGCAGCCGUCUUCCAAUGGGUGAAAAUUAUGUCAUUGUCAAUCUUGGUGUUUUGCGUAAUGGUAAGGAGGUGCAAGCGGUGGACUUCAAAAGCUCACCAUCGACAAGUUCCUCUUAUAUGAAACAUAUCACUUCGAUGGAUAUGUCAAUAUCAGUGGAGAGUAACAUACAACGUGCGAAGCUGCUUAUAAUAAACGAUAUGGUGAACGAGCCGUUCGUCUUUCCUGUUACUAAUCCUAAUGAUACCCGCCUGGUGUUCAAGUUCUACCCUGCAGACUCAUCCUGUGAAGCGUGUCGGCUAAUAGGCAGCGCUGCUUAUCUGUUGCAGAGCGACAAAGAUUGCUUCGGAGAGAAUCGGGAGUCUCUCGUCAGAGAGCGAACUGUCCCAAUUCUGGAACAGGGUACAAUGGAUAUUAUAGGAACUGUCACUUUUACAUUCGUCAUUGCUAAGCCGUUGACGGUUCUAACCUCUUCCCGGUUGGCGAAGCAGAAAAUCACAGCGGAAGGUCUACAACUUGUGGGUCAUAGAGGACUUGGUCAAAAUACUGCCAGUCACAGCCACCUUCAGCUGGGGGAGAAUACUAUAGAGUCAUUUCUUUCUGCUGCUAGACUUGGCGCUUCUUAUGUCGAAUUUGAUGUCCAACUUACUAGAGACCUUUUCCCCGUGAUCUAUCAUGACUUCUCGUUAAGCGAGUCUGGAACCGAUAUUCCUAUUCAUGAUCUGAGUCUAGAACAGUUUAUGCACGCAAGUGAACUUCAGUCACCCAGAGGCAAACCAGUGUCGGUUCUCGGGAGGCCAAAUUCACAGGGCCUCUCAGAUUCAACUGUUGCAGCCAGAGUUCGUUCACAUUCAUUGACAAAGAGCCACGAGGGAGAGACUGCGCGGAUUCGUGGCAGAAUGAGGCACACCGUCGACUUCAAGAACAAAGGAUUUAAGCCAAAUACAAGGGGGCAUUCCGUGCAGGACUCUUUCACCACGCUAGAAGAGCUGCUUACGGAUCUCCCAGACUCGAUCAGUUUCAAUAUUGAGAUAAAAUAUCCCAGGCUUCAUGAAGCUGUCGAGGCAGGCGUAGGACCACUCGGUAUCGAGAUCAACACAUUCAUUGAUCGAAUACUCGCCCAGAUCUUCCGUGUCAGCAGUGGUAGGUCCAUUAUACUCUCCUCGUUUUCGCCCGAGGUUUGUAUUCUUCUGGCGAUCAAACAAGAUAUAUAUCCUGUCAUGUUUAUCACCAACGCCGGAAAACUCCCAAUGUCAGACACGGAGAUGAGAGCUAGUAGUCUACAAGCUGCGGUCCGAUUCUCGAAGCGGUGGAAUUUGGCCGGCAUUGUCUUCGCUUCCGAGACCUUGAUUCUGUGCCCGAGACUUGUGGGCUAUGUUAAAAGAUCAGGUCUGAUCUGUGGGUCUUAUGGCUCUUUAAACAACAUUCCCGAGCACGCUGAGGCACAAAAAAAGGCCGGUCUUCAGAUUCUCAUGGUUGAUAAUGUUCGACUGAUUGCAUCGACCUUGGAGCGACGGUUUGACGUCUUCCAGCCAUGA